CGCCUCGUGCCCUUUGAUCCGCCCGGCCCGGGCGCCUCGGCGGCGCCGGGGGGCGGAGCAGGGGGCGUGGUUUCCGCAGAGUGGGCGUGGUUUUAUCGGCAUAUAAAAGGCUGCGCCGAGCCCCUCACGCCCGUCACGAGGUCUUGGCGAAGAUGGAGCCCGAGUCUCCCCCCCGCGAGCUGGAGCUGUCGGCGCUGGAGGCCGAGAAGCAGCCGAUGGCCGCGGCCGAGCCGGGGACCCCUCCCCAGGCCCCCCCUCCCCACCGCGACCCCUCCCCGGGCCCGGAGCAGCACCCGGGCGCCGAGAAGAACGGGCUGGUGAUGAAGAUCCCCCCCGAGGAGGAGGAGGAGGCGGCCCUGGGGGGCACGGGGGCCUCGGGGAGCCCCAAGUUCACGGGGCUGGGCAAGGAGGAGCUGCUGCGGGAGGCGGGGACGCCGCUCUGGGCCCGCGCCCGCCUGGUGCUGCUCGUGCUCUUCUGGGGGGGCUGGCUGGGCAUGCUGGGGGCCGCGGCUGCCAUCGUGGCACAGGCGCCCCGCUGCCAGCCCCUGCCCGCCAAGGCCUGGUGGGAGCUCGGGGCGCUCUACAGGGCCCCCCCCAAGGCUUUCGGGGGCGAUCUGAAAGGCGUGGAGAAGCGUUUGGGGUACCUGAAGGAGAAGCUGCAGGUGGGGGGGCUGGUGCUGGGCCCCGUGGCCCCCCAAAAACCCCCCGGGGGGCUCCUCCCCCCCCUGAAGGAGCUGGACCCCGCCCUGGGCACCCUCCAGGACUUCCAGGCCCUGCUGCAGGCAGCCAAGGACAAAGGGCUGAAGGUGAUCCUGGACCUGACCCCAAACCCCACCGGGGGGUCCGUCUGGGGGGCUGCAGCCAACAACUCCACGGCGCACCAGCAGGUCCAGGCUGCCCUGAGCCACUGGCUGAAGGAGGACAUCGCGGGGGUCUUCCUGGACGGCAUCGAGGAGCUGCCGGUCUCGGUGGUGGCUGAGUGGAGGAACCUGACGGAGCAGCAGCCGAGCCCCAGCGGCGUGGCCAGGGUGCUGGUGGGGGGCACGCGGCUGAAGGAGCCCUGGAGGGUCCCGGGGGUCCCGGGGGGGCUGCGGCUGCUCCUGGGGCCCUUCCUGCAGCCCCUGGAGCCCGGAGCCAGCGCGGGAUCGCCCGCGGCAGCGGCGAGAGACCUGCUCGGCUUCCUGGGCAACUCCUCGGGGCUGGGGCUGGGCUGGAGCGUGAGUCUGCACCCCAAAUGGGACCCCAAAACCCCCCAAAUGGGACCCCAAAACCUGCCCAUGGGCUGGGCUGGAGCGUGAGUCUGCACCCCAAAA